CCGGCGCCGCCAUCGCAGUCCCCGGCGCCCCCCGCCCGCUGUCACUGAGGCGCAGCGCUUCAAAAUGGCUCCGUCUCCCGGGAGACGCGGCGCGCGCGCCCGGUGGGCUGAGGCGGCGGGCGGGCCCGGGGCCGCGGCGGGGUCCGCACCCCCUCCUCCUCCUCCUCCUCCAUCCUCCUCCUCCUCGCCCUUGGGGGUGUGCUCGGGUGCUCCGUGUGUUUAUCUGUCUCAAUCCCGUGUAACGGCCCCGGGGUGCGCGGGGCAUCUCUGCGUGGCAAGGUGAGGGUGUCCCCCACGGGCGCCCGCGGGCCGGAGGUGGCGAACUCCGCCUCGCAGAGGCCUCUGGUUCCCUCUGACGGCAGCGUGCCGUGGGGUGGUCGUACGGGAACCGGGUGUCGGAGGUCAGCCAGGCCCUGCGGUAAUUCGUGGCGGAGCUCGGGCGGCCUUCGGCUUCUGCGGCAGGUGGGAGUCCUGUGACGGCGUCGCGUUGGAGUUCAGCAAACUAAAUGAGGAAAUGGUUGCGACCGGCAGCGCGGAAGUUUUUCGUUGUACGUUGAGCGCGUUUGGGUCGGUUCUGCUGUUGGCCGUUUCCAGUGCGCUCCAUUUUUGUAUCGGCACCCCAUGACUGCAACGUGGAAGAUGCUGAAGGAAGAGAAAUGUCUCGGAAUAUGGAGAAAUGUGGAAAAAAGCAGCUCUCGGUGCUGGGACGGCAAACGCGAUGACAAACGUGUUGAUGAUUGGCCCUUGAUGCAGUCUCCAUUUCCAACACUGACUAUAAGCACUAUUUAUCUCCUCACUGUCUGGCUGGGUCCCAAAUGGAUGAAGACAAGAGAGCCCUUCCAGUUACGUUUCCUGUUGGUUGUUUACAACUUUGGAAUGGUUCUACUCAACUUCUUCAUUUUCAAAGAGCUGUUUUUGUCAUCAAGAGCUCGAGGGUACAGCUAUGUCUGCCAGACUGUGGAUUAUUCAGAUAAUGUUUAUGAAGUUAGGAUAGCUGCUGCUUUAUGGUGGUAUUAUGUCUCUAAAGGAAUUGAAUAUUUGGAUACGAUAUUCUUCAUCCUGAGGAAGAAAUUUAACCAAAUUAGUUUCCUUCAUGUCUAUCACCAUUUCACCAUGUUCACCUUGUGGUGGAUUGGUAUUAAGUGGGUUGCAGGUGGACAAGCUUUUUUCGGAGCUCAGAUGAAUGCAUUUAUUCAUGUCAUUAUGUACAUGUAUUAUGGAUUAGCCGCCUGUGGCCCUAAAUUUCAGAAAUACCUGUGGUGGAAACGAUACUUGACCAUACUGCAAUUGGUGCAGUUCCAUGUGACUAUUGGCCACACAGCCUUGUCUAUUUAUAUUGAUUGUCCUUUCCCUAAAUGGAUGCACUGGGGUGUAAUUUUCUAUGCUGUCACCUUCAUUUUCCUGUUUGGUAACUUCUACUAUCGGACAUAUAAGCUGCCCAAGGAAUCCAUAAAGAAUGGCAAAAUAGCAAAUGGUGCUGUUGCAAAUGGAAUAAGCAAACCAGAAAAUAAUGCAGUGGUGGAAAAUGGAAAAAAGCAGAAAAAGGGAAAAGCAAAAGGAGAGUAACUUGAUCCAGGCCUUAACCAUUGUUGGCAGUGAGGAACCUCCAGUUUGGUUUAUAAAAGGAAGAAAAAACCACUAUCUGUACCAAUUAACCUUAGGUUACUGAAGAGCUAGAACACAGAUAUUUUCAUUAUUUAUGAGGAUUGUUUUAAGAACAACACUAAAGUUGAAUUUCUAUUGUAAUUAUGUAAUUAUCAUGCAUAUGGUCUCUGUGUAAACUUGUAGACUGCUGGUGUUGGUGAAUGUAUGGAAGAAUUGCAGUUGAUUCCAUGUUUAGCAGUCCAAAAGUUAAUACUACCAUUGAUACAGGCAGUUUUGUUGGCACCCACAUUUCUUUGGGGGAGGGAGGGGAAGGAAGUAGCAUUCGGAUACUUGUGUUUUCUUUCCAGAAAAUUAUUAAAUUUCAAAUUAUGACAUAUUAUCUAAUCAGAAUGCGCAACUUUUCUUGUCCUCCUUGGAGAGUAUCUUCAGACACUUUACGUUUAUGUGCUGUCAGAACAGUGUUUGACUUUUCAGACAUUACUUGAUUUAAUUGAAUGUCUGUUACAGUUUGUUUGGUUUUUUUCUUGUGUGGAAAUAUACCUACCUCUUCAUCUGCUGAAAAGAAUAUCGAGCAUUAAAUAACUGGUUUCUGAAAUAUGGAGUCCUCUAAUAUAAAUAUCCGUUAACACUAAUUCAGGAGAAAAUAUGAUUUCCUGUGGGAGUAAAAGGGAUUUGGGGCGGUACUUUCUGGUCAAGUCAUCAAUAACCUUUUUCAUUGUAAACUUAAAUUUUGGAGUGGUACUUUUAAUAUAACUAAGUGAAGAAAACAUUUUUAAGAAUGUAUAAAUAUGAAACAAUGCAUUGUUUGAAGCAAGCAGUAAAAGUAGGCCUGCUGCUUGUUAUCCGUGACCUGCAUUAAACCUGUGGUACUGACUGAUAACUGAAAAUGCUGAGGUAAUAUGGUGGAGAGAAAACAACAAUAUGUAAUUCCAUUGAGAAAUGCUGUGUGUAUGGGUAGUCAUGCUAACCACAAGACAGUCACUUUAUUGGGAGAGAGAAUUUGGUUAAAAAGUACUAAAUACAGCAAACAAAAUGUUGAAAAUGCUGCUACUGCUUGAUACCCAUCAAAACUGUAUUUGACUUUUUUUGGUUUUGUAUUUAGACACUAGCAGCCAAAGUAUUGCUAGUAGUCAGGGCACCAUUUUAAUGUGAAAGUCAGAGAUGGGCUUCUGGAACUCUAUUCCCAAAAUAUUCUCGGCACUUUUCAACCUAAUUGACAAAGUGAUUCUGCUAAUCUUUUUUUAUUCAAAACUGCUAAAAUAAGUAGAAGCCUUUUAGAUGGCUUUUCAUCUUACGUGAUAGAUUAAUGGACUUCUUAUUGCUCCUUUUGUGAAGAAAAUAUGGAAAGAGUUAUUCUCCUUCCAAAUAAUGUGAUUGCUAAGAGAGAUGUUUUGAGCUCCUCAGCAUGCAAUGAGUGUAAGACAGGAGUGGAAUUGGAAACCAUAUCCUGAACUCCCAUGUUCCUUGCUCAUCAGUGCAAGAGCUGCAUUGUUGCUGUUUAAAUGCAUUCCUCCCAGCUCUUGUCAAAAACAUAUUCAUAGUUAGUGACAAACUUGCAUCUGGCAAGUGACACCAUUGUUGCAGGAAAAAAGUACAUGGAGCUGUAGGUGUAAAGUAUGUGACACGUUUAAUAGUUUUUGCAUCUUGAUUAUCCAUUUGUCCGUUUAUAAUAUGCAAACAGGUCACAUCAUCUGUGUCUCAGGUUUGUCUCUUGUCUAUACUAAAAACUGUCUAAACCCAAAAAACAGGUCCUAGGGAAAAAAAGGUUGGAUUUAGUCUGUUAUAUUAAGAAAUAAUUCCUAAUGCUGGCGUUGAUUCAGCUGGAAGAUAGAUAGUUCAUCCAUAAUCUCCACCACUGUGGAUUUUAUGGCAGAAUAUAGGAUUGUGAAAGAAUGUCUCUGCUGAACUGUAAUGCAUGUGACCAUUAAGUUUCCUAUAUGCUGUGUCUUGUGAUUCUUCCAGCCUUUGUACUGAUGCUUUUUGCAUUUGCGUCAAUCUGUAUUUAUGUAGUGUGGCAUGGGGAGGAGCGAUAGUGGUCUACCCUUCCUUCUUGCAGAGAUGCCACUACUGUUAACCAAGCCAAAAUGCUGGCUGACUGGGUAACUUUGGAAUGGCUAAAGGAGCAAAUAACUACAAAGCAAGCUAGCAGAUUUACAGCACGCCUGCUACUCCAAGGUGAUGGCUUGUGUGAAUACACUUACCCUACUGUAAAUUCAAGGUAGUUUAUCCCAUUUUGAUUAAAGGGUAGCUUCUUUCUAUUUGCCAUGGGAUGCGGGCAGCUAACUUGCAAAUCUGUAUCAUUCCUUGUAUUGUGUCAAAUUGGUUGUUUGCUCUGUCUUUCUUUAGGUAAGCCAGAUCAGAUAAACUGAUACUCUUAAUGUGAUCUAGCUCUGAAAGGGCAUACUGAGAAGUAUUCCAGUACAGGUUCAAUUAUGCCUUUGCUACACUUUGUAAAGUAAGAAUUAUGUCUUGCAUGUUGGCAGAUAUUUAAAUAACUGAAAGUCAAAUCUUCUCUCCCCUUGUCAUGCAUGGAAGCUGCUUAAAGUUGAUAACCACUUGAACCUUAUUGGCAGAACUUGAGUAGAAUCCUACCCUCGAACUCUGGGGCGCUUGGUAACUUUUAAGAAAAAAUGAAACAAUGGAUUGUGAGAAUGCAUGCAUACAUAUGCAUCAUGUUGUCUGGCCCUGUGGGUAAAACCAGUUUGAGAGAUUAGCAUUUCAUGGGAAAAAAAAAAAAAUCAGUUAUUAAAUUGCUGGAACACUGCUGUUUUGAGUCCAUCUUCUGCAAUAUGGUUUUACUAGGUCUAUUUAUGAUAUAUUUGAUUGUUCAUGUGAUUUGAGUCCCAUUAUGAUCUUGAGUAUAAUGGCCUUAUUAAAUGUGCAUUUUUGUAGGCGUGGUCUUGAGUGCAAUACUUCUGGUUCUGACUAUGCGGCCAGACUCACAGAAUACAGGGCUGAACUUGUUCGGCUUUUUCUUUUUCAAAAUUUGAGGCAAUGAUGCACAUGUGAGAUACUGCCAGAUUUAUUAAAGUCAUCGAGUCCAAGGCACCUCCAGAAUUUUGCCAUGAAAGUAAUAGAAUAUAGGUACAAAUGUUUGUGUUUGCUGUACGCAGAACUGAAAUUUAAAUUAUAUCUACUUUGCAUGGUUUGUUUUGUUUUGUUUUUUUUUUUUUUCUAAAUGCUUCCAAUUUAUUUAAAAGUGAAAUUCAAACCAUUUGGAACUUUUCUUUUUUGCCAAUGAAAGAUACUUUUUUGCUAACAGUUCUGAAGCUCUUGGACCAGAGUCUCAUAAUUAUUUGAUGCCAUAUAAGUAAUACCAUUUCAUUUAGCCUCAUCUCUAGCAGUGACAGUUGUUGGAUUCUUUUAGUACUUUGUCAGUGUAAAAUAAACACAGAUUAUCUAUAUGUGUGUGUGUAUGUGUACACAUACAUAGUGUGUGUGUGUAUAUAUAUAUGGGUUCUUAGCAGGUUCUUUCCAUAGGUGAAGUAAAUUACAUUUCUUUAAUGUGAAAUUGGCAGGAGCUAAUAGAACAGUUCUUACAGCUCGAGCAGUAAAAUGAAGCAGUUUUCAUUGAUCCAUAGAUCCAAUAUUGGUCUUGCAGUCAUAAAUAGUAUUUGUCAGUCAUUUUAGACAUAGGAUGGCAGACAAGCCAGAGCCAUUUCUCCCAGUGUAAUACAUAUUUUGAGGCAUCAAUUGUAGAUUCUAAGGGGAGGGACCUCAACUCAGAGGAGCUGAGGAGUUAUGCUGUUUUAUAGUAGGGAUUAUUUUAGGAAACAAUAGGAGUAACUUGCUCCAGGUAAGUCUUUGAAGUCAUUAUGAUCAAAUUCUCUGUUUAACAAAAUGCUUUUUUAAUGAAUACAAGCAUGGCCUAUUUGAUUAUAUGACCAUUAACUACUUCCAGCUCCAGAUCAGGAGAAAAAGAUGAAGGCAAAAUAAAAAUGCUGCACAUUUAUUUUUUAGGUUAAUCUUAGGGCAUGUUUCUUCAGAGUAAGCACUUGACCUUCAUGUGCUGGGGAGGCAGGUAGAAAAGGAGUAAAUAGCUAUUGUGCUGAAAGGUCUCACUCCUUAAAUAGCUUAUGAGCACACUUGCUAUUUCAUAAAAACUUGAGUAAAAUUGUUCAUGGUGCAUAAAGUUAAACCUUGCAUGAAGUUAGUGUGGGAUGAGAGUCAUAAUGUUUAAACAGGUAUUUAAAAUUAGAUCUGUUUCAGUUAAAAUUGAAGGGAACGGGGAGCUUAUUAAGUAUCUGGAUAGUGUAUUUAUCUUGGUUAGAAGCACAGACUAAUCCAAUUUGGCACCUAAAGCAAGUCACCCAUAUGACAUCUCAUUGUGUCAUGGUUUUAUGAGUUGGCCUCUUUGCUAAUGUAAGCAGUUGGAGCUCCGUGGAGAUCAGUGGGGUUGUUCCCAUUUACCUCAGAAGAGUACGUUUAACCCUAAAGAACAGAGAAAAUACUUGCUUUCUGCCAAUACCCCAGGAGGAUGAGGGAAAUGUAUGGUUCAGAAUGCUGCUUUUGCGUAAGGUGUUCAUGCUUUUGUAAACAAUAAAAAUAAACAUUACUUUUUUCAUGC